AUGGGGGCCCCGGGCUUGCACACCACAAGCCAUGAGGCACACAUUGGGGUGCUGGGGGGGUCCCCGAGCUGUGCACAUCAAGGGUGGAACCCACAGGGCACAUUCCUUGUGUCCCUGGGGCAGUGGCCCUACUGCCGCAAGCGCUGCUCCUACUACAACUUCAACAAGUACGUGGUGCCGGUGGUGGACGAGGUGGCCGUGGGCUCCUGCCUGGUGCGGGAGGCUCGCACCCUGCUCCGCCUCAGCCAGGUGCAGAGCGUCACCUCCGUCUUCUUUGGUGGGGGCACCCCCAGCCUGGCCAGCCCCGGUACGGUGGCGGCGGUGCUGGAGGCCAUCGCGGGGGCUGCCCACCUCCCCGCCGACGCCGAGGUGACGCUGGAGGCCAACCCCAGCUCUGCCAGCCCCCAGCGCCUCCAGGGCUUCAGGGCGGCCGGCGUCAACCGCCUCUCCAUCGGCGUCCAGUCGCUGGAUGAUGCCGAGCUGCGGCUGCUGGGCCGGGAGCACACGGCGGCGGAGGCACGGGGGGCUGUGGAGGCGGCGCGGGGGCUCUUCCCCGGCCGGACCUCCAUCGACCUCAUCUUUGGGCUGCCGGGGCAAAGCCGGGACGCCUGGUCCCAGGGACUGGAGGCGGCGCUGGGGCUCUGCGACGACCACCUCUCCCUCUACCAGCUGACGCUGGAGCGGGGCACGGCGCUGGCGGCGCGGGUUUUCGGGGGGGACCUGCCCACCCCCUCCCAGGACCUCGUGGCUGACAUGUACCACACCGCCUGCGCCGCGCUGCUGUCGGCCGGCUUCCGACACUACGAGGUCUCCAAUUUUGCAAGGAAGGGCGCCCUCAGCACCCACAACCUCUCCUACUGGCAGGCUGAGCAGUACAUCGGCGUGGGACCGGGGGCGCACGGGCGGUUCGUGCCGUGGGGUGAAGGCGGCUGCAGGCGGGAGGCCCGUGUCCAGACGCUGGAGCCUGACGCCUGGAUGUGGGAGGUGCAGAGCCAGGGCCAUGGCACCCGGCGGCGGGUGGUGCUGAGCCCGCUGGAGCAGCUGGAGGAGGUGCUGGUCCUGGGGCUGCGUACGGACGAGGGUGUUCCACACGAGGUGAGGAGCAGCGUCGGGGGGGAAUGGACACCCACCCACGGUCGUUGCACCGCCCCCCGGAAGCGGUACCAUAGAGAGGGGCGGGAGGAGCCGCUCUAG